AUGUCAGACGACUCGAAUCUUAACAGAUUGGACUCGAUAUCACGGCGGACCACUCCUGUGGGUAACGAGUCCAAUGCUUCCAAAAAAACGGGGCUCAAAUUCAAGCCAAAACUGGUGGCUAGAAGAACCAAAGAGGAAAGAGAUAAGUCAGCUCCAGUGGUAGUCGAAUCUCAGGACCCAAUGAGAAGAAAAACUAGGGGAACUGUCACAAGAGGAAGAGGUAGAGGCCGCGGUGCUCCAGCAGGUACGCAUAUGGUUGUAGCCGGGCCAUUAUCGCAUGGUGUACAAGGACAUGUGGGAGGUGACUCACGGACCAGAAGUACUCCACUACCUUCAUCUACAGCAUCAACUUCAGAGGCUCUUAAAAAACUACAUGGAAAAUCUGGAUCGGACGAUGAGUUUGAGGUAGAUGACACGACUGUGAUAGACGUUAAUACAAAAUUUGAGCUAAAUCAGGACACUGAACUAUUCCCUGUGAGAGCUCCAAGAGUGGAACAUCAAGAAAAUGGAGAGGCCGAUGUGAAGAUUGAAACAGACCCAAACUUACUCCCAGGGAAUACAACCACAUCUAGGGAAGUCUCAUUAAAACCUGAACCAAUGUCAGACGACGAAACUGGUGCUUUUACAGCCACUCCGUUAGAAAUUAAAGAACAAUCAGCUACACCUGAACCUAUAUCCUCUCUAGACCCCCUGCAAGAGAAAGAGGAAAAAUCCAAAUUAACGAAGGACUAUGAACACAUUAAACAGCUGAUGGAACAAAUGAAUGUCUCAAAAGAUGAUGACGGUGAUGUUAGUAUGGAACCACAAUCUUUGCCCAAACCUCUAUUUUUUCAAUUACCGAACACCCUACCCACUUUUGAAGGCGUAGGUUCAGAGAUGCACAAUCUCAACGGAAUAAUAGGGAGCCUCAGAGUGCAUAAAUCUGGAAGAACCACAGUGAAAAUAGGCAAUGUUAUUAUGGAUGUGGCUGAGGGAGGAAAAUCUCCAGUGUUCCAAGAACUAAUUGCAAUCAACCAUGACAAAAAGGAGAUCUAUAAUUUGGGCUCAGUCGAAAACAAACUGAUAGUAACACCCUCCAUAUGA